AUGUCCAGAAAAAAGCAAGACUUGCAAGCUUCAGAUCGCUUUCCUGCUGCAAACUUUUCAUAUUCUAGCCGAUCUAGAAAAUCUCUUUCCUUUGUAGAUUAUGGUGAAAGUCCUGCAUAUUUAUUUAAGCUCAGCAGUUGCAAUGACGAUAGAACAACUUUUGGACGUGAAGCUAUUAUACGCAAGCAUCACGGAAAUGAUUCUAAGCUAAGCCUUAUUGCAUCACAGCCGACACUACCUUUGACGAUGCCGAAUGCAAGAAUUCACGAAAACUUCGGUCCAAUUAGUGCUAUCACUACUAAUGUGCAAAACCAGACAAAUCAUGGACACACUCUAUCUUUGAGUGAAGCUAUAGUUGAUCUACCCUUAGAUUUACUCGAAGAGUACCUUGGUGAAAGUUUAGAAAUAGAAAGAAAAAAAUCGACGGAAAAUUGCUUCCACGGUAAUUGUAUUUCGUAUCACCCUUUUGAUAACAGUGCCAAUAAAGCUAACGUAAAAGCUAAUGGAAUCCUGAUAUAUCCUAGUGGCAAAUCUCAUAGCAUUUUAAAUGCGGCAAUGAUUAAGAGCGAAUUAAAAGAUUAUCACUUUGCGAAUAAACUCCCAUUUUGCAGCCUAAAACUGAGCAAAAAGCAAAGUUUUGCAAUAAAUGGACAAAUCCAUGAAAUAACACCAGUUAUUGGCAAUCUUGUAGGCGUGAGGGCUGACUAUAAUUGUGCCUUAUUAAAGGUGAAGUGCCAUGAUAUCGGAAAUUUUCUCAAUAACGAUGAUGUAAAGCCUUUAAAGCGACGAAGCUUGUUUGCAAUUCCCACAUCACAUUUACUAAUAAAUGAGAAGUUCGUCGCAAUACAACGCCAUUCUCGCCCAUUUUACCAUCUUCUUGGUACACAACAGUCUUUACUGUUACUGGAUGAACGUUUUCCAUCUCAUCCGGUGUUGAAAUGGCGACAUCAUUUACGUUCUAAUCCCUUUUGCAUAUCAACUGUCCAAGACAUUUUUUCUAACCAACCUGAUGCUGCUACAGCUUCUACUGCUCCGAUCGUGCCAUUAUUAGAUCGAGAAGACUCUUGUGUUGGGCCACCGCGGUCGACAGAAUUACACUGGCAGAUAUCGAAUUACAGUGAAUGGCCGGCUCUCAUUAAUAAGGGAAAGCUUGGACUAUGGUUAGCUUCUGAUAAGAGACUCGAUGCACCACUAAUUGGAAUGACAACAGUAUCUCACGAUGCAAGUGAAGGUGGUGGUCUACAUGUGAUUCAGGCAAGCAUUUAUUCACUGUCAGCUUGUGGCGAUAUAUUCUACCAAACAUAUGCCACCGUUGAGAGAAACAGAAUGUUACUAGGCUUGGAAGAUUACGAUAAAACUUGCAGCCUUCACUUUUGCCAGUCUGUGCCGGAAACUCCAGAUUUUAUUAAGCAGUUGUGCUUAGAUUGGAGUUAUCAAGCAGAACAAAUUCACAAAGACUUAGAACACAAGCAAGGAGGGACUGUUUCGUAUGAUUACAACUUGUUAUCCGCAUCAGAUCUUCGCCAAUGUCUUAUAGAUACUACAGCUACGCAAGAUUACCUCUGUCCUUGUUGUCAGAGAUAUCCCGAAAAUAUACAGUCGAUUAAUUCUUCACAUAAUUUCAAUUUAAAUUCUCAACAAUGCAGCUGCGGUCUGACAACAGAUAAAUCAACUGUACUUUUUAAUGCUUACAAGGAAGGCGCCAUUUUAAAAAGUAAUGGUGAUACACGUAAUGAGGCCAGCGAUUUAAUACUUGUUCAAAAUCCAAAGAGUUUUUCUGAUCAAUUUAGUAAAAACAUAUGGUCUAUUUGGGAUAUUAAUGAAAAUAUUGGUAGGCCUAGUUCCGGAAGACAAAACUUACAAUCAUCAGAUAUGGUACAAAGUUUUCAACAAAGAGAAAUAUUAUCAGGAUCCCAAACUGAAACUUUACUCAAUGAUCCAGUAAUAAAUCCCAGUAGAACAUCUCAGCUACCACAAUCUUCGACUUUAAAUGUUAGUAAGACUCAUUUCUUGCUGUUCUUAUUAUAG